AUGCUCCAGACUAGACCGGCUUCUUCAACAGGCAUGAUACCCAAUACCCAAGGCCAAAAUGGCCACCAGUAUGCAGGAACUUCCCAGACCCCAAGAUAUGCUGCCCCUUCUCCUACAGGCUAUCGUGGUAGUUCGGCCCCUGUCCAGCAGUACGCCUUUACGAGCACACCGACUUUGAACCACGCACAAACGUGGCAGCCUCAGCAAACUCAACCCUCGCGGACUUAUAACCCCAACGCCAACUACGGCGGGCGUCAGUUCAGCUCUUCAGGGACAAACAUGCAGUAUAACGGCAUGGGUGUCGGGCAAACUGGUGCCCGUGAUGAUUCGGCCAUUCCUCAGCGACGCAACGUUGUGCCCGCUCCUCGACCCCAUUCCGCCUUUCUAGCUGGGCCUACACAGCCAGCCUCUCCAACUUCACAAAGCAAAGCAGCACCAGACAGGUAUAGACGCUCGCUCGCCCCCCAACAAAAUCAACAUGGUCGCUCUCAGAGCACUGCUGUCCCAGUGAAUGCUGGGAUGCCCACAGCAAACCAGCUUUAUAACGGACCCAAUCCUUCUCGCUCCGCCAUCCCAAACCGCCCGAACAGUUUUUACAACGCCAUGCCUGGAAUGUCCGCGGAAGAUAUGCAGUUCGCCCAUAUGGAAGAUCCUAACCGAUCACGCCGGCGCAGUGUCCGCGCCAACUCUGACGUUACGAGACCAACCGUCCAAGACAAAGGAAGAGUCGAUGGAAACUCCCAAAGCCUACGUGUUGUCGCCAAUGCUGCCGCACAUUCACGCAACGGGAGUUCUGAGAGUGUCGACUCUAGUCGCAGCAGUAACUCUCGCCCAUCCUCGUCUGCCAACCGUAAUGUGUCUGCCCCCACUGGAAACCCCUCUUCCCAGGCAAGCAGCGAAACAACUUCUAAGCAGGAUCACGCCAAGGUCAAUGUCCCACCUCGAGGUUCAUCUUCUGAUGCCCUCAAGCGCACAACGAACCCCUCACCUCUCUCUCGGCCAGCCACUAUGGCAAGCGAGGUCGCUGAAGACCGAUCUUCUGGUGCGGGUAAUAUGGAAUCACCCGCGGCUAAACAACUCGCCGCCAUCAACAAAGGGCGCAAGUCGAAGAGCAAGACAUCCAGAUUGCGUCGCGCUUUCUCUUUCGGCAGCGCUGCUGACUUCCGCAAGGCUGACGAGGAGGCCGAAGGAUCUGACAAGACAGAACCGUCCAAGCUCCACAAGGACCCCACGACCGACGAAGCCUACGAUGCCGAACAAGCCCGUAUUGCGGAGGCGCAGGAGGCUGCAGGUCUCGGACACAGCAUCUAUGGUGGCAGAUUCUUCGGUGGUUCAACCGAUAAUCUUUCGAUCUCGUCGACGGCAUCUUCAGCUUCCAUCAUGAUUCGAAAGAUGGGACGAGGCAUGAAGAAGGGUGGACGGUCAUUUGUUGGAAUCUUCCGACCCAAAUCGGUGGUUGGAGUCGCCCCGGCCGAUGGUCCCGUGAAACCCGAGGCUAGUCAAGCCGCUGUGUCAAGGGUCACCGUCGAAGCUGAGACGCAACGGGUCAACGUGUCGGCAGAUCCCAGACAGACAGACACCUUCCCCCAUUUGGAACGCAAUUCGAUCGAUACCAGUUUGGGCAUUGACAUUGCUGAACGUCUUGGAAGCUCUGGAACCGACAACUCCAACUCUCGCAGGAGUAUUGUUGGCGGCGACAAAGAGCGUGCGGAAGUUCUUGCCGCUGUUCGGAAGGGUAUCCUCAAGCGUCCUGGCUCAGCCAGCCCUUCUAUUAGACCUGCAGACACGUCCCCUGGACUGGAUCUUCCCAGCUUGCCUGCUGUCAAUGACUCGCCCAAUUCUAGUGCUCCUAGCACUCCCAACGAUGAUUCUCAGAGUCAUCGACGAACUGGCUCAAUUGCUAUUGGCGGUGAAGACUAUUUCAUGUCUGCUUUGAGACUACGACAGGACAGCAAGAGCGCCCCCAACACCCCAUCUGCCAAGCGCAACGCUACAUUCUCUCCUCGCAUAAUCUUCCAUGAUACCUGGCCUAGCCAGGAAUACGACCGCCGUGGUGAAAUUGCCACAUGCAAUCGAUUGACUCCUCUGCUUGCGCAACAGAUUAAGGAGGAGCUCAAUACCUUCAAGAUGGAAAUGGAAGUUCACGAAAACUCAAAGAUUUAUACGCACUUUUUCUGA